CGGUUAUGCAUGAACAAUGCAUCCUCUCUGCUCUGCAGUGGGUUAUGAAUAAUAAUAAUCAAAUACCCACAUGCUAUCUGUCUUCCUUGCAUCAUGUAUUCUUACCUCAGUCCCAUACGGAGUAGGCUUGUGCUCUGUAGGAGUAUCUCAUACCUAUCAUAUCACAUAUAUCAUCCCUGAUUCCUUUCGACUGGGAUGCAUUUCCCAACACAGCAACGAUUACCUUACUCCGACCGAGGGAUUUGAUGCAACUCCACCAUCACCCUGAUCAGAGCUGCAGCUGGUUGUCAUUCCAUCACACGCGCUUGGG